GCCAUAACUAUGAUUUCAAGAGUUUGUGCCCUUAACCCUGUAAUGUGAAGGAGGUUAGCUAGAUCUUUUAGCUCUACUACAUUGAAAGAAACUCUCUCAGAUUCUUCGAUAACUAGAAAUUCAGAGGAGGAAGAGAAUACUAAAGAAGCUCCUGUAGAGAAUCAGAAGUCUGAAGCUCAAUAUUACAUUCCACUCACAAAAUCUCCAUUUCAGGAAACUUCAUAUCUCGCAGAGAUCAUCACUCAAUUCGGGGAUAAAAAAGAAUACCUUAAACGGAUUAAUCAUCAAAAGAACUGGAGGAAAACCCAGAAGUUAAGGAAUAUCGUCUUUAAUAUAUACUGGGUCCCUGUUCUAUUUUUCAUCCAUCUGUAUGCAAUAGCACUUUAUCUGAGAAACCCCUUUGAUUCAUCAGAAGAAGACUAAACC